AUGAAGCCCUUCUCGCGGAGCCUCCAGAGGGACCUGGACGCCGCAGUCAACGACGUUGACGGCAAGCAGCACUCCGCCGACGACGGCGAUGGCAAGCAGAACACCGAGAGAGGCCUCCGGCGGCCGUCCCGGCUCUUCUACCUCGCGCUCCUCUACACCGUCUUCUGGGCCAUGGUAUUCUACCACCACUUCUCCACCAGCGUGCAAAAAUCAGGCAGCGCAACGGUGGCAGCGCCCACCGUGCUCCAGCUCAAGCCGUCGGCGUUCUUCUCGGUGCCCCGCUUCUUCCUACGGGACCCAUGCGCCGGCCGGUACGUGUACAUGUACGACCUGCCGCCGCGGUUCAACGCCGACCUCGUCCGCCAGUGCCACCGGGUCUCGGCCUCCUCCGACGUGUGCAAGGACGUGUCCCACGACGGGUUCGGCCCGCCCAUCACGGGCGGCGGCGAGGGCGGGUCGCUGCCGGAGCGGGGCGCCUACGACACCGACCAGUUCAUGCUGAGCAUCAUCUUCCACGCCCGGAUGCGGCGGGACUACCGGAGCUACUCCGUCUUCAUCCAUCACGGCGACGUGGUCGGCCGCAACGUCAGCAUCGAGGAGGUGCUCCGUAGGAUACCGCCGGAGAAGGUGGCGCAGAUGCGGGAGCGGGUCAUCCAGCUUAUACCCACCGUGAUGUACCGGCACCCGGCGGCCCAGGGGGUUACGUUCAAAGACGCGUUCGACGUCGCCCUUGAGCGUGUCGUCGACCGGGUGGCCAAGCGCCGGCGCGCGGCGGCCGAGGGACGCGAGUACGUGGACGGCGUCGACGGAGCUGAUAGCUGGAAGUACGACUUGCUAGAGGAUGGGCAGACCAAGGUAGGUCCCCAUGAGUUUGAUCAAUAUCUGUAA